AUGAUCAGAAACCCAGAUUACUCAAGUUUUGUUUGCUGUGCUGUUUGUAAUAAAAUAAUUCCACCAGCCCCUGUUGCAGAAACCUUUAAAUGGAUCCAUGAAUACAAGCCAUUUAAAACACGCUAUUAUGCCAAGGAAUUCCAGGAAAAAGCAGUGGAGAAAGCCCUUGAAGAAGCAAAUGAUAAACACCAAAUUGACCUUCUGCUACAGGAAGAGAAACAUCAAAAAAAUCUACAGGAUGCACUGGACAGAGCCAAGAGAGAAAUACACCAAAAUAUGCAAGAAGAAAUGAAGAGAGAAAGCUUGGCUGCAGAACAACGCAUGGUCCAUAGAAUCCAAAGAAUUAUGAUGGAGUGCCACAGGGAGAAGAUAGAGGCAGUGGAAAGAGCCAGGUUUGAGGAGAGACAAAAAGCCCAAGAAGAAAUCGAGACUCAGAGAAGAAUGGCCAUGGAGGAACUUGUGAAUGUUGGCAUGUCCUCUGCUAAGGACCAGAGGAAGAGUGUGGAACUAAAGAUAAAGAAAAAAGAACAUGAAAUGAAUAUCUACUACAGCAUGGCUCAUAGACGGAAGCAAGAGGAGGUCCAGGAAGUGCUUCAAGAAGCAGAGAAAACACACCAAGCUACACUUGGAAAUGUGAUGGAUAAACUGGUUAAUACUCAAGGGGAGCUGCUCUCCAUAGCAAAACAAUUGGGAAUCAUGACAAAUUGGAAAGAUUUUCUGGAGGAGGAAUUGCAGGAAACCAGGGCAGCAUUUCAAAAAUACAUUAACAAUACAUUUCCUUCAGUUUCACCAGGGCAUGCUGAUUUUAUUUUGCCAGAAAGAAAGAAAACUCCUUCCAAUAUUGUUAUUUGUGAGAAGGAAAAGACUCUAAAUUGGAAGUCUUGA